AGAAGAUGAGGAUGAUGAUCCUCAUUACGACCGUAUGAGCGAGGUACUAGAAUGGUACCUCGAGAAUAAGGCAAAGAGAGAGCAGCGGCGCCAAGCUAGACAGGCAAGGCAAGCCAUAGGGCAGGGAAGCCGAGGUGCUUCUAGUGCUCCAUCUGGGGCAUUCGGGGGAGACACGAUGGUACGUAUCUCCAAGUACCUCAAGGAGGCUAGAGCCUUGGGGUGCAAAUCAUUUGAUGGCAAAGGCGACAUAUCAGAGGCCGCAGACUGGAUCAAGAAGCUGAAUGAUGCUUCUAGGGAUAUGCAAAUUGGACUCGACGUGAAGUUGAGGGUUGCCACCAGGCUACUUGAUGGGGUAGUUGCAGUGUGGUGGGAAGGCGUGGAAGGGAAGUUCCACGGUGAGGCCACUUGGGAGAAAUUCGAAGUGGAUUUUUAUAAUCAGUACUACUCAACUUUUGAAGUCAAUCUCAAAAGAAGAGAGUACACAAACCUGAAACAGGAGGAUGGUUGCUCGGUGAGGCAAUUGGAACAAAGGUUUCGUGACUUGGCACGGUUCAUCCCAGAAUACUCUUUGGAUGAAAAUCGUAUGGCCAAUCAUUUUUGGGAUGCUCUACAGUUGGACAUUCGUGAUCGGGCUACUUAUCAUCAUAACAUGACAUUUAGCCAGAUCGUUGAUAAAGGGCUCCUUGGGGAAGCCCAGUGGAACGAGAGGAAGGUGAGGGACGCUGAGGAGGCGAAGAAGAGAAGAUGGGAAAACUCUGGACCCCAAGACCACUCUCGGAAGCACCACGCGGGGGGUGGCAAUUCAUUCAGGGCGCCGGCACCAUUGGCGAAAAUGAAUAAGGGCUCAGGAGGGCAAGGGGCCAAACUAGGGAGUACAUGGUCACCGAGGUGCGCAAAUUGCGGCAAGAACCAUGCGGGGAAGUGUAAUGAACCACCGCGGUGUUACAAAUGCGGUAGCACGAGCCACCUCAACUCCUCUUGCCCAAUGUUUAAUGGAGGGGGACCAUCGGGGGAUAUGGAAGGACCUGCGGCUGGUAGGGGAUGCGCGGGACCAUCCCAGGACGGCACAGGAAGGGGCGGACCCAUGGCUAGCAAUGCCGCGUCCGUUAACCAAGGGAGGACCCAGGCACGGGUGUAUGCAAUGACCGAGGCUGAUGCUCGGGCCAACCCGGAUUCCAUUGUAGGUGAGGACAAGUAUGAGUGUCUGAGCGAGCAAAUGAAGAUGAAAUUGGGAAUGAAGAUGAAGUUGGACAUCAAAAUUAUCCAAGUCAUAGAGAACAUCGCAUGUUGAAUUUAUUUUUGAAGUUCUGUCAUGUCACUUUUUCAAUUUAAAGUGUAUAUUUGUGACUUGGAAGUUACUGGUUAUUGUAUAACUUUGCUCUACUUUUUAUGAUAGAACUUGUGAUAAUUGUUGGUUGAAG